UGCUGCCUGAUCAGAGCCGUGUCAGUAAGAAAGGGCUCCAUGGAUCUGGUCACGUUCCUGGUGUUCGGUUUCUCCUGUCUCAUUCUCCUCUCACUCUGGAGACAGAAGUCGGGGAGAGGGAAACUCCCUCCUGGUCCCACUCCUCUCCCAAUUAUUGGCAAUUUCCUCCAGAUAGAUGUAAAGGACAUCAGCCAAUCCUUAACCAAUUUCUCAAAAGUAUAUGGCCCUGUGUUCACUCUGUACCUGGGCCUGAAGCCCGCUGUAGUGCUGCAUGGUUACGAGGCAGUGAAGGAGGCUCUGAUUGAUCAUGCAGAGGAGUUUGCAGAAAGAGGAAGCUUCCCAGUGGGUGAAAAAAUUAAUAAAGGCCUUGGAAUCAUUUUUAGCAAUGGAAAGAGAUGGAAAGAAAUAAGGCGCUUCUCUCUCAUGACUCUGAGGAAUUUGGGCAUGGGAAAAAGGAGCAUUGAGGACCGUGUUCAAGAGGAAGCUCAGUGCCUUGUGGAGGAACUGAGGAAAACCAAUGGUGCACCCUGUGACCCCACCUUCAUCCUGGGCUGUGCUCCCUGCAAUGUCAUCUGCUCCAUUAUUUUUCAGAAUCGUUUUGAUUAUAAAGAUAAGGAUUUUCUUAACUUGAUGGAAAAAUUAAAUGAGAAUGUCAAGAUUCUGAGCUCCCCCUGGUUGCAGUUCUGCAAUAGUUUCCCUAUUAUCAUUGAUUAUUGUCCAGGAAGUCAUAAGACAAUAGCUAAAAACCUUGAUCAUAUCAAAAGCUACCUUCUGGGGAAAAUAAAAGAACACCAGGAAUCACUGGAUGUUACAAACCCUCGGGACUUUAUUGAUUAUUACCUGAUUAAAUGCAAGCAGGUAAAUGAAAAACCCAACGAACACUUGGAGUUUACACUUGAAAAUUUGUCAACAACAGUCACUGAUUUGUUUGCUGCUGGGACAGAGACAACAAGCACAACACUGAGAUACGCUCUCCUGCUCCUGCUGAAGCACCCACACGUCACAGCUAAAGUCCAGGAAGAGAUUGACCGUGUGGUUGGCAGACACCGCAGCCCCUGCAUGCAGGACAGGAGCCACAUGCCCUACACGGAUGCCAUGAUUCAUGAGGUCCAGAGGUUCAUUGAUCUCAUCCCUACCAACCUGCCCCAUGCCGUGACCUGUGACGUUAAAUUCAGGAACUAUCUCAUCCCCAAGGGAACAACAGUAAUAACAUCUCUGUCAUCAGUGCUGCAUGACAGCAAGGAAUUCCCCAAUCCAGAGACAUUUGACCCUGGCCACUUUCUAGAUGGAAAUGGAAACUUUAAGAAAAGUGACUAUUUUAUGCCUUUCUCAGCAGGUAAACGAAUUUGUGCAGGAGAGGGCCUGGCCCGCAUGGAGCUGUUUCUAUUCCUGACCACUGUUUUACAGAACUUUCAGUUGAAAUCUCUGGUUCACCCAAAGGACAUCAAUACGACCCCAAUAGUUAAUGGAUUUGCAUCUGUGCCACCCCCUUACCAGCUCUGCUUCAUUCCGUUCUAA